AGAGAGAGAGAAAGCUUCCGCUCAGCCGUACGCACACAGGGAACCUGCGAUCACAUCAACAUUUAGGGCAUAUCAACCACCAAUUCUGGGCAUUUAAUCAUUAAGUUAAACUAGACAGGACCCGAUGAGCUCAUGGGAGGCGCGUUAAAUGCAUUAGAUCCUUUAGUUCUGCACUGACAUCCUUAAAAACAGAAGGCGGAAAAAAACACCGAGCGCUGCUGGCCUGUUGCGAGAGAAAAACAGCGUUGAUUUGAACUGCGCAUCUCAGCCUUUUGUCCAUCUCUCUCUAAUUCUCUUCUCUCCCUCCCGAUCGCCGGAGAUGAGUAGUGGAAUAUGUCGGUGUCGGGACUGAAGGCCGAGCUGAAGUUUCUGGAGUCCAUUUUCGACCCGAACCACGAGCGGUUCAGGAUCAUCGACUGGAAGCCGGAUGAGCUGAGCUGCCAGUUUAACGUGACCAGAGAGAAGCUGCUCAUUAUUCACUGCAAUAUCACGGAAUCCUACCCCUCGACUUCCCCAAUAUGGUUUGUGGACUCCGAUGACCCCAGUCUCACUCAAGUACUAGAACGUCUUGAGGAUGUCAGAAAGGGCAGUACACUGCUCUUGCAGCAGCUUAAGAGGCUGAUCUGCGACCUGUGCCGCCUCUAUAACCUUCCCCAGCACCCUGAUGUGGAGAUGCUGGAUCAGCCCCUCCCUGCAGGUCCCAUCAACCAGGAAAGAAAGCUUGGGACCACAGAUGAGGUCACUUCAGAAGAGGAAGAGGAAGAAGAGAUGGGAGAGCAGGAUGAUCUUGAUCACUAUGACAUGAAAGAGGAAGAACCAGUGGACGGAAAGAAGUCAGAGGAUGAUGGGAUUGAGAAGGAGAACUUGGCAAUCCUGGAGAAGAUCAAGAAGAACCAGAGGCAGGACCACUUGAAUGUAAGUUCUCAUUCGGGUGCUGUGUCAGGAUCUGUUCAAGCAUCAGAUCGCCUCAUGAAGGAGCUCAGGGAGAUCUACAGAUCUCAGAGUUACAAAAAUGGCAUCUACUCAGUGGAGCUUGCCAACGACAGCCUGUAUGAGUGGCAUGUAAAACUAAGAACAGUUGAUCCAGAUAGUCCCCUGCACAGUGACCUCCAGGUGCUGAAAGAAAAGGAAGGAAUGGACUACAUCCUCCUCAACUUCUCAUACAAAGAUAAUUUCCCCUUUGAUCCCCCAUUUGUACGUGUAGUUUCUCCUGUGCUGUCUGGAGGUUACGUACUUGGAGGAGGAGCCCUCUGUAUGGAACUACUCACUAAACAGGGCUGGAGCAGUGCCUAUUCCAUUGAGUCUGUUAUCAUGCAGAUAAAUGCCACUUUAGUCAAAGGAAAAGCAAGAGUGCAGUUUGGAGCCAAUAAGAAUCAGUACAAUCUUGCCCGAGCACAGCAGUCAUAUAAAUCAUUGGUGCAAAUUCACGAAAAGAAUGGCUGGUACACACCACCAAAAGAAGAUGGGUAAAAGAAAAACUUCUUGGAUUAAAACAUGGACCGAAUAUCUUGGGGUGGACAUCUUUCUUUCAUUUAUUUCCACUCAUCCCUCUUGCUAAUUGGAGACUUUGUGAUUUUUGAAAAGUGUGAGAUCUUAGCUGAGGAGCCAACUUAACUCACCUCUACAUGCCCAUCUGUUUUCUUCUUUCAUCUCUUUCUCUCUUUUCCUUUCAUCUCUCUGCCACUCUCUCAUCACUGAGUUCAUUGAAACAGGAUAUUCAAAGGUUCAUUUGAUCAAAUUUGAUGGAGCCAAAUUUGACCCACCUUAAAAACCUUUUCUCCUGUUGGAUGGAUGUUUGUUUGCCAUCUCAGACAGUUCCAUGACCUCAGCAGAACAACGUAUCCCUGAUGCUACCAUAUCCUCUCAUUGAAAGAUCUGACACACAUUCUGCAACUUUCCUUAGGAAGAUCCUGCUUGUAAGCAGUGGAAGACAUUUUUGGAUUUUUUCCUUUACUGGCAACAUAAUGAAAGUUUAGCCAUGGCAUCAUUGUAAUCAAAAUUAACUUCCCAAGCAAGAAAACCUGUAAAGAUUUUAAGUGUUUGGAAGAACAUUUUCCAUGGCAAACAUUCAAAUGUGAGUCCUGAAGACCCCACUGAGGUGGGCUGAACUGCUAUAUGCCUGCCUGUAGCAGGGAACUUCUUUACUUCUACAAAUGCAGAUGACAUAAUGGAAAUCCUUAUGGAGCUAAAAGGAAUACCUUACAUUUUAAGUAUGCGUUAUAAUGAUUAAUGUUAUUUUUGUUGUUCGUUUGAGAAUGGGAGUUGAUGUGUAUGGCUAUGCUGUUAUGGUAAUGGCAACGGAGACCAUUCCUGUUUAACCAGAGCAUAUUCUGCUGCAAAUUAUUAAUGAUCCUUUUGUGCCACCCUGCAAUGCCAAUAUAUGCUCACUUGAGAAACAGUUUCACUCUCAACACGGGCACAUAGAGAAUUAUCAAGUAGAUUCUGGCAUAGAAUUUGCAAAAUCACCAUUUCCAGACAGUGGCAAACAAACCUAUGAAGUUUUGUUAAUCUUGUUAAUUAAGUUGUUUAAAGCCCCAUUGCAGCCUCUAAGGGGAAACCUGGGAGGUGAACAAUAAUGCCUUAAAAAAGGAGACAGAAAAUUAGUGAGCGUAAUUUUUUUUUUCCACUUUUAGGCAACCCAUCUUCCUCCAAGCCAUUGCCUCCUGUAUUCCAUUUUUGAGCUAGUUUCUUAACAAAGAGUAAUUUGAGAGACAAUUACAAACACAAAGAGCCCUUCUUUAAUGUUGAUUUUUCUUCCAGAAAGUGCACUCUACUCCGUAACACCACUUUUAUAACUGGGCACAGAUUUUGCCAGAGCACACGCUUAAAUCCACAUUAUUAUAUUAUUGUCUAGGACAGAUUCAGCAUUAUGAGUGUUUCGGGGGUUAGUAUGUUAACAAGAGCUGAUUCCUGAUCUGUUUGAAGAGUCUUAAUUCCAGACAGAUCCAUAUUUCUUCUCAAGUGUAAAUUGUGCCGUAAUCUCAAUCGUCAUACAUUUUGAGCUAUGAUUGACAUGCUGUGGUUGGUUUUGGGUGAUGAUGGUCUGAGACCUUGGUUACCUUCAUCUGUGGAGGGGGUGGGGAGGGGUUAAAUGAGGGGUUACAUUUUUCAUUGUAAGUGUAAUUUUGACCAUGUACAGUACAAUUUGUAAACUUGCAUCAAGUUUAUGAAUAAAGAAUUUUAAGAAAUACAUCAGUGUAAAAAUGUACAUACCAUUUCAACCCAUUUAAGUGAACACAUUAUUUUUCAUCUUUGCAUAACCCAAUAAAACAAAAAUGAUUGUUUUUUUCUAAAAUAAAUAAAUCUGAACAUCGAAC